CUAAGAAAUCUAGUCUAAUCACUACAUUCUCUGCUCUGUUUUUUAAAUCUGUUAUUCUAAGCAAUGAGCCUUCAAAACCAGUUGCAGAUCAACCACCUGAAUUAGAAAUUAUAAUUGGUUUUAUGUUAACUAUUUUACUGACACCAGUUUUCUAUUUGAUAUUACAGCAGAGGUCUGGCAGGAUUAAGGGGCUCCCUGUGCUGUGCCUAGUGACACUGGUACAUGUUUGAAUGUUGCUUUGCAGAACCUUUUUCAGAUUGUGUCAAAAUGGAACGUGAGUACAUGGGGAAGCUCAACAACUACUGCCAGACGCGCAAUCUUAAACUGUGUUACGUCGAUGUCAAUAGCGGCGGCUUACCUCAUGAUCCCAUGUUCACAGUUAAGGUUAAAAUAGGCGAAACAGAAUAUGCUACAGGCACUGGUAAAAAUAAGAAGGAAGCAAGAGCACGAGCAGCAAAAGAAUCCUGGGAAAUGAUUGAGAGACAGUUAAAGAAUCCUUCAAAUAUGCCAACUGCAAAAUUAACACAAUGUUCAGUGACGUUACCUCUACAAGGCAACGACUAUGUCAGCCUACUAAAUAGGUAUUCACAAAAGACCUUGGAACUAGUUGAUUACCCUAACAAAUGGACUGGAGAUGGCCAUGCACCCACGUUUUCAUGUAGGUGUACGAUUAGUGGUGUUGUGUAUGGAACUGGCAUUGGACCUUCUCUAGCUGUUGCAAAACAAGCUGCUGCAAAACAAGCAUGUGACAGGCUAAUUGAUCAAGGCUUUCUAACAAUAGAAGGUGAUGAAUCGAACAGCAGUUCUACAUUGAGCAAAUAUUGUAAUUCCUCUCAAGUGCUGGAUGAGUCUGACUCAGAUAGUGUUUGCUUCAGAGACUCAGAUUCAAAUUUGGUAGAAAACAUGAAAGACAUGGCAGUAUGUAAAAAUACUUCACCUUCUCAGAGAAAUGCACAGAGUUCUGCCCUGAAACCCAAAAGAAAAUUGGCAGCUAAUUUUGAUAAUGCAAGAAAAAAGGAAGAGAAAAGAAGUAUGUCAGAUUUAGAUGAGAGUUUGCCAGAUUUGGACACAAAUACCAGUGAGGAGACUGAAAAUCCGUACACCGUGAAUAAAAUAUUUCUUGAUACUUUUAGAGAUAUAGAGCUUAUUGGUAAAGGUGGUUUUGGGAAUGUUUUCAAGGCAACAGCAAAAACUGAUGAAAAAACCUAUGCAGUCAAACGAGUUCCCUUCAUAAAUAAAGUAAAGCGUGAAGUAAUACAACUUGCAAGACUCAAGCAUGAAAACAUAGUGGAGUAUCACUGGAGCUGGGAAGGGGAUGACCAUACAACUUCUCGAGACUCAAAGAACAAGAUAGAAAAGUUUCUUUUCAUCACAAUGGAAUUAUGUGAAAAAGGGACAUUGGAAGACUGGAUUGAAAAUAACAGACAAUCCCAAAAGUAUCAUGAGAUGGCACAAGACAAAUUUUUACAAAUACUGAAAGGAGUAAACUAUAUACAUUCUGAAGGUUUAAUUCAUCGAGACCUCAAGCCUCAGAAUAUAUUCAUAUCACGUGAAGACAAAAUCAAAAUCGGUGACUUUGGUCUUGUGACUUCUGUGGAUAAUGAGAAUCUGACUGAGGACAGAGGAACAAGACCGUAUAUGGCACCAGAACAGGUCGAGGCCAGCUAUGGAAUGAAAGUAGAUAUUUUUGCACUGGGAUUAAUUUGGUUCGAAAUACUUUGGCCAUUCAACUCACGCCAUGAGAGAAGUAAAGUAUGGCCUGAAGUUAGAAAAGGUCAAUUUCCACAGAGCUUCACUAACCGAUUUUUAUCAGAGGCAUCCAUAAUAAAAAAAAUGCUUUCAGGAGACUCUUCAGGAAGAUUGUCUGCAUCUGAAAUACUGGAGAUUUUAAAGCCUGUUCCUAGAGUCAACUCACUUGAACCUAAUACGGUGUAACUGCCCUUUUAAAAGGCUGAAAUCCAGCACUCAACAUCUGAUGACAUCUGAAAUUGAUGAAACAACAGUAAAUGUCAGAAGCAACAGCAAGGAUUUGUCUUUUCCUUGGUGUUUUGCCUUCCUGCCAUUGAAGAGCUUGUUAGGUCAUCGCAUCACCAUUCACAGCCAGCAACUGCAGAUCAAGACAGCCUAUUUCUGAAAGCAGUCACUUCUGAUUCUUACCUGGAAGCACAGAUUGUGGAUGAGCUUGAACUGUAUUGUACAAUAAGUAUAGGAACCCAGUCCUUGUCUCCUAGAAGAUUAAAUUGAUGUGGUGCUAACUGGCCUGGGGCAAAUCCCUAUAUGCAUGCUCUUAAUGCUACAGCCAUUAUCACCUGAGAUUAUCUAUUGCUUUUCAUGGAAGAAGUACUGUCUUGUGGUGACUCAAAACUUUCUGAUUUGUUCAGUGAUGUUUUUAAUAAUGACUAGGAUGCUCUCAUUAAUACGAAGACUAAUUUUGUUAGAAAAUAUACUAGAAAUAGGUGUGGGUUAUUCUUCACUGAAUUUCAGUUAAGGUGAACAAAAUUAUCUUCACAAAUCUGUUGAAUAUGUAGCACCUUCAGUGCUCUAGAAUUUAAAAAGACAUACUUCUAAAGCAAGCCCUCCUUGACAGUGUUAAAUGUUAAGCAUUCAGGUUCUAGGAAAUGUAGUUUAGAUUUGUUCUAAACUUUUGAAAACCUUGGAUUUUGAGGUGUUUUUCAUUUUGUUUUUCUUUCCUGAAAGGAACACUGAAGGUGUUCUUAAUGUAGAAAAAUUCUCCAGUUUCGUCAGUAGUCAUGGAAUUGUCAGAAUUGGAAGGGACCUCUAGAGAUCAUCCAGUCCAAGCCCCAUGCUGGAGCAGGAUUACCUAGAGCACAUCACUCAGGACUGCAUCCAGAAGGGUCUUGAUAUCUCCAGAGGAGACUCCACAACCUCCCUGUUUCAGCAUUCCAUCACCCUCACUCUACAGAAGUUUCUUCUAAUAUUUAAAUGGAACUAUGUUCCAGCUUGUGCCCCUUGCCUUUCGUCCUGUCACUGGGAACUACUGAAAAGAGUCUGGCUCCAUCCUCCUUACACUCACCCUCUAGAUACUUGUAGGCAUUAAUAAGGUCUCCCCUCAGCCUUCUCUUCUCCAGGCUGGAGUCCCAGCUCUCUCAGCCUUUCCUCUUAAGAGAGAUGCUCCAAUCCCUCAGUCAUCUUUGUUGCCCUCCACUGGACUCUCUCUAGUAGUUUCCUGCCUCUCUUGAACUGGGAACCCCAGAACUGGAUGCAGUAUUCCAGAUGUGGCCUCACCAGGACCGAAUAUUUUAAAUCCUGUGCUGAGAGAGCACCUUAAAUGUUCGCUACCAUACUGCUAAGGUUUUAAUUCCUUAUUGUAAUACCAAGGCAAAACUAACCCUUAAAGAGUUAACCUCUAAGGUACUGAGUGCCUCUGAAGACCUUACUGUCAGGACCACAAAAGGUAAAAGCAGUUUGCAUGUUACUUUUUAGUCGCUGUUCAAGGAGUUCAGACUUGCCUGGACUGGCAUAGUUAUUUUUAUAUUCUUAUGGACAUUACUGCUGAUCUGUUGCAAGUAUUUGCUGCUAAAUAAAACAGUGAUUUUCCGUA